AUGACGAAUCAGGGGUUGCUCAAGUCGCCCUUCAAAAUCCCUCAGAAGUUACCGUAUCUUAGUAAGGAAGUAUAUCUUUUGUGGAGUAGCUUCUUACUUUUAUAGAGAUACUAGAGAUUUCUUUAGUGUUUCGUUUUCAGGUGUCUUUCAUCCAAUGUCUCGACGCUUUCACUUUCUUCUAUUGAUUAUGUUGGGAUACUUUGUCAUGGUAUAUCAACGUACUAAUCUUGGGGUUGCUGUCACUUGUAUGGUCAACAGUUCUGUAGUAACAAGUGUUAGUCAUAAAGAAGAUCACGCUAUCUUAUUGUCUGAUGAUAAUAAAGAUUGCCAGGCAGUUUAUAUUGAUGGUGGUAGUGUGGAGAGAGAUUACGGUGUAGGUUUUACGGGUUUGUGGUCGAAAAGUAUAUAGAAUCCAUUAAUUUUAACUUGCUCGAUGGUUUUUGACUCAUUGAUUAUCCUUGUAGUCUAAACAUUCUUCUGGUUUUAUCAAUCUGCAGUGUAAAAAUAGUAAAAAGUAUAGUAAAAAUGCUGUUUUUUAGUAAUGUUACGGUAAUCAGUUGUAUUUUUAGGGAGAUCUUGACUGGGAUGCUUCGACCCAAGCCUGGCUUUUCUCGGCUUCGUUCUACGGCUCCAUUGUGUCUUUAAUACCCGCUGGCGUAAUGGCUGACAGGUAGUUAAAAUAGUGUAAAGAUACAAAAAGAUAUUUAUAAUUUACUAUUCUAGUUUUGUAUUUUAGAAUGAAUAAAAAUUAAAGUAACCUUUAUAUCUCAAACAAUAAUUCUUUUAUUGUUUAUUUUUAACAUUUUUGCACUCAACUGUUUACUGUACUUUAAUCAGUAAACCUUUGCCUGAUUGUACUUUGUUUCAGAUAUUCUCCGAAAAGGUUGUUAAUGUGGUCAGCUCUAAUCAGCACAAUCUGCUCGUUGGUGUUACCGUAUCUGGCACGAGAGAACUUUGAAUUAACCUUUAUAAGCCGAUUUCUUAUGGGAAUAGCGGAGGUAAUACAAUAGUUGAUACUUGAUAGGAUAACAUUGAAUUGUGUCUUAUCAGUACAAAAUUGCAAUUUUAUCAAAGCAAAAUUUGUGUUUAUCAGACAGCCUUAAUUCAGGGCUUUAUCUUGCCAUCCAUCAACAAAAUGGUCAGCCAAUGGAUUCCGGCCGACGAAAUGAGUACGGCCGCUUCUGUUUAUACUACCGGAAGUCAGAUGGCCGGGUUCUUUGGAGCUCCAUUAGCUGCCGUCUUGUGCACCAGUAGCUACAAAUGGCCUUCUAUAUUUUAUGUUAGUGGUACGUUAACAUUACUAGCACAUCUUCUAACAAACUUCAUUGUAAACUAAUGAUAAAGUCGGUUUCAGCCUAAAUUUCACAAAACAUUUAAAGUCAAUUUUAAAAUUAUAGUUAACAUUUUAGGUGUUAUGGGUAUCGUCUGGAUAUUGUUGUGGAUGUUUACUGUAACUGACACUCCUACUACAUGUAAGGUCAUGACGACGGCUGAACGGCAAUAUCUGAACAGGAAGUUGGCAUCAGAUCGUAGUACCAUUGAUGAUGUGGGUCUUAAGACUAUUUAUAUUACAUAACAUAUUUUUAUAUUUUUAUCAAUGAUGUACCUGUUACAAACUACUAUAAUAUUUUACCGUGAUAGCAUGUAAAAUUAUAGGAUUCACCUCUAAAAGUACCAUAUUGGGCUAUAGCAACAUCUUUACCUCUGUGGUCAUUGUUACUGUGCACAUUUACAGCAAACAUGUUGGUAGUAUUAACGCAAGCAUAUCUACCUUUGUUCUUUAAACAAGUACUGUAUCUUGGCAUGAUUCAAGUAGGUAACAAAUAGAAUAUAACUUUGUUAAGUAAUGAUACAUUGAAUGAUAAUAUAUUAUCUCAAUUUCAGAAUGGAUUCUUCAGUGCAGCUCCUAAUGUGUCAAUGCUCAUCGUAAAGUUUCUGUGGAGUAUUGUAAUGGACAAACUCAAACAGAAACGGCUAUCUUCAACAGCAGCUUGCAAAAUCUCUCAAGGGUUCUGUAAGUUAAGCUUAUAUCAAAAUCAUGAGAAUGUUACCUCUUCGCUAAUUUGAAAAUUUAAGCAAUAAAAACUAUAUAUAUAUUAAUAUAUAUGCAGUGAUAUAUUUAAGCCAGUGUCUCAGUGGGAAUCAUAUUCAUCACAUUGGCAGCCGUAGCUGAUUGUCGCACCCCUUUCAUCUCGCUGACGUUGUUUUGUGCCAUGACCAUGUGCUUCAGCACAGCCAUUAGUGGAUUCUACACUAGUCUAUUGUCAUUGGCACCCUUAUAUACAGGCACACUGACAUCCAUAUCAAUGGUAGCAGGCAACCUCGGCCGAUUAAUCACUCCGUUAACGAUAUCCUACUUCAACAAGACUGGUUCAAUGCAAGAGUGGAGGAUGGUGUUCUACUUUAUGGCCUUGUCUACCUUGUUUAGUGGUGCUCUCUUCUUAUUAUUUGGGUCGGGUGAGUAUUCUGUUGAUUUGAUUACAGUAUCAUUUAACUUGUUAAAAGAACUAUGUUAAUACUAUUUGUGUUUAAAAUAAUAUUUUAUAUCACAUAAUAACUCUUUUUAUUAUUAAGAUAUUUUGGUGUAUAAACUAGUAAGCUCCUCCUUUAGGAUCACCCCAACAAUGGGGCAUAUACCAACCCGAGCGCAGUUUAACAAUAGAAAGUGGGCUGAAACAGAAUCGCCGCAGGCAACGACUCGAAUCCCACGUGGGGAGCGUGGUGUUGGACAUGCUAGACUAAUGUCAUGACCAGCCGUAUGACCAUAUUAUCAAAAUAAAUAUUGUUUUAGUAUAAAUAAAGGGACGUGGACUUGAGGGCGAGAGAGCACGGCGGAACGAGAGCGCGGAUGAAUCACGAGACAUAAAAUCGAACGGAGAAACUCUCUUCCAUUCUCAAACAAGUUAUUCUUUUUAUUGUUAAUUUAGUCUUUGUUCAACAACAGAUCUCACAAAUCUCGGUAGCGCCUUCUACAAUAUCAUCUUUGUUUGUCAGACAUCUUCCAAAGUUUGUAAGUAUUGCCAUUUCAGUGUAUAAAACAAUGUCUUUUGUAUUAUGAUGCUAUUGAUAUCACAACCACUUAUACUUUCAAUAAAAACUGUGUUUUGAACAACGAUUUACAUAAAUUUAUAUUACUCAUCCGUGUUAUAUUAUCCAUCCUUUCGUAAACCGAUAACCAGAAACAGUAGCCAUUACAACUAUAAUUCGCUUACUCAUUUAAAAUGAUUUAAAUCGGGUUCCGGAACGCCAUCGGGGGCCAAGUUGGUUUCUUCUGGGCUUUCUUCCCGUCUUCCAAUCUCAACCCUUUUCCCCUAAGGGCGUAACCCACCUCUUUUUUAUAACUUUUCCCUUCCCAGUACGAUGCACUACUUAAAUGCUGAGAGCCGUGCAAAGACAGCACGUAAAAAGUCCGCGUGAAAGAGAUUUGUGGAUAAAAACAAAAAUGUCCGAUUUUAAAUAUGUACGUAUAUUAUUAUAUCACGCACGUUAUAAGGCCGCGAGACUUUCAGAGUAAUGGAAAUUGUUUAUGAGGAAUAUAUUAUGAUUAUAGUUAGGCAAGUUUAUUACCUAGAAAUUUGUUACACGUAUGAAAAGCUAUACUAUCUGCAAUGUAUAAAUUAAAAAACACGAAAAACUUUUCAAUUUUGACAAUUUUUGUCCGAAAUUAAUUUGUUUUUUCGUUGUUUUAGCAUUGUCUUUUUGUGGCGAAGUGUCAUAAAUCAAAGAUAUUAUUCUCUAUUUUUCGAGCAUCUUUUUCUUACAUUUUCACGGCAUUUGGAUAACUCUUACCAUCAUCCAAGCCUUUAUACUUGAAUUUAUAGUUAUAUCUCUUUUGUUUUCGACUGCCGUCUUCUCGAUAUUGUUUUCUAAUAUUUAAAUAUAUUCUUUUGGUAUCAUUGUUACUUUUCAAAUAGUAUUGGCAUUUUAUAAAAGACUUUCUCGAGAGUCUUGAGCGAAAGCCUUUUCUCAAGUUCACGCAUGUUUUUCCGGACUUUUCCUUAUAAUAUUAAGGUUGUUUGACCAUUGUUAUUUUGAGUGUAAUAUUGUUGUUUCGAUUGUAACAUUCUACAAUCAGGGCAUUUAAUUUUGUUAUAAGGACGCGCCUGAAGGGCUGAGGCCCUCAUGUGGGGCCGUUGAGGUCGGGUCGUCUUCGAUUUUUCGAAUUUUAAAGAAGGAAAGAGGAAGCCGUCUCUCAAAAACAGAAUCCGAAACUUUUCUGAAUAUCGUUUUGUGUUUUACCACAGAUACGACGUCGUUAUCCUAUGUUAAGAUUCGGUUAUUUCAUGUCAUAUUUUACGUAUUUUCUGUAUUUGUUGUUUAAAGGUAUUCAUCUUGUUGUUUUGGUCCAAAAGUGCGUAGAAUUUUAAAUUUUUUUUAAAAUUAAGUGAUCGUGAGUGAUAAAUUUUAAAAUUAAGUGAGCGUGAGUGAUAAAUUGACACACUUUUACGAGUUUUUUGAAGUUGUUUAUGUAAAGUAAUUUACGUUUUUAUAUUUGGUAUGAUUCCAGGGCGUCAUGGCCACGAAUCAGGUAAAGGCCUGCUAUGACUUUGACGCCCAGCCGGGCAGUGGAGAGUUGACUAUCAAAGAGGGCGAGAUGUUAAUGGUUAUCAGAGAUGUAAGUUUUUGAAUUAUUAUUUGAGUCAAUGUUUUCUUUCUUUUGAUUACGUUUUGACUAGGUAAUUAUGAAUUUUAUAACUAAAAAUUUGAGUUUUCUGUGGUACUUAUAGCAUUUUCAGAACAUUGAUGGCGGCUGGAUGGAAGGAAAGAAUGCCAAAGGGAAGGUCGGACUGUUCCCCGAGUCUUAUGUUACCCGAGUUACUGCGACGGUAAGUUGAUUUACUUUAUCCGUCUUCCAGAUACUUAAUUCGAGUUUCUGUGCUUAAACUGACUCUAUUUCUUCCGCCGGAUACGGUCGAUUGUAUUUGAGAUAUUGUGAUACUCUCCAAGUACUUGUUGAAAUAGUCCCAGUAACGCGCUUGGUUGUGAAUUAACUUCUACAGUAUUAUACUGAUUUUUAUAAACAUAUUGAGGUCUUCUAAUAGUUAAAAGUUUUUUUGUUGACCUAAAACUAGUUACUGUCGACAUGUUGUUUUCUUCUGGUAUUCGCAAAGCUGUCAAUGACAAGACUUUGCAAGAGAAGAGGGCUCAACUGAGAAGACGCCAUACUUGUCUUACCUUUGAUCCCACUGCUCUACCUUCUAAUGCUGAACAAAAAGCGUUGAUACCUAGAAAGUCGCCGUUGUUAGAAGCAUGUAUUGAGGAAUCUGAAGUCAUUGAAAGGCCAAAGUCUUCUUGUGUCAGAAUAUCUCUUUCGGCAUCUGAUUCUCCAGUCAAAAAGGCACGAUAAGACAAGAUUAGAUAUUAUUUAUUAAAAGCUCAUGGAUUUUAUGUUUUGUUUUUAAAUUUGAUUAACUUUCAGUCGUCAUUACCUCCACAAGCACCUCCACCAGUCUUACCUACACAGGAUUACGGUAGCUACUCUCAACCACCAGUUACUGCGCCUCCCACUAUAAAGCCUCUGCUACCGUCAGUCAUCGGAGCAUCUACAGCAUACGAUCCGUGGGCAGAUGAAGCACGUGAGUUUAUUUUGAAAUUUUGUUUUUUACUGUAUUUUAAGAAUAAAGAAAUUAGUGAAAAUUGAUUAUUGCGAUUGUAUAAUAGAGGUAUAUCUACUUAUUUUUGGUGUUUUAGCUGCUCAGCCUCUACCAUUAGCCGCCACGAACUCGGUCACCUCGAGCACAUACCCCAUACUGCCCCAGGUCCCUUCUGGCAAUCAUAUGGAAGACGACUUUGACGAUGAAUGGACGGAAGACGACGAGGAAAACGCGGUUCGUUUGAAAAAAGUCUAUUAGAUUUGAGGGUCUGACUUCUGAAUUUGGCCGGAUUCCAGCCCAGUUCCGGGGUCGAGGCAUUAGCUAAGUAAUGGGACCAUUCUAUAGCAACCCCCAGUUGAGAUUUGCAAAUUCUGUCAUUAUUUGGAUUGCUGUUUUGGCUUUUUGUCCCGAAAAGUGUGACUUUUUCGACUUUACUAUAUUUGGAAUACUACUUACUCAUUCUGCUUAUACUUACUAUAUUACUUUAUCUUUCAUACUUAAGUACAGCUUGUGGUUAACAUAUUUGUAAUCUCCAAUCUGAUUUUAAAAUACUUUUUUGAGUACAUUUCAAGUGUCAGUAGGAUGACUUUUUAAACCUUCUAACUCGAGUGAGCUAAAUGUUGUUUGCAAGGCCUAGAUCUUCUAGUCAUUGUGAGCCGAGUCGCCUGACUCAGUCCCACUCUUUCUACACCCGCAGGGUCUCUUUCAAAGUCAUCGACCACUUGGUCUCGGCUCCAGCUUCGACUUCUCAAUCCAUUCUUUUCAUUAAGGAGGGACGAUCGGGGUCAGCUCACGAGCAUCGUACUCUCGGCACAGAUGUUCCGGCUAGUACGAAUGGGCGUUCACGAACUACCUCAGGAUCUAGGACAGAUUUGAGUGCGGUGGAGGACGAUGUUAUCAGUCAAAGUGGUAACGAGAAGGACAAACUCACGGAGUCCUUGUCCACGAAGUCUGGAAACGAGAAAGAAGAGAAAAAGGUUUCUUAGGUGGAGUAUUGUGAUUGAUGUUGUACUUGGUUGUGUUGUUUUAAUGUCGUUUCUUCAGUUGUCAUCAGUUGUGUUGGUUAGUACCUCCUUCCUUUAUUAAGUAUUGGUAACUAGUGUUAGUUACUUUGUAGUACUGUUUAACGUUAAAGCUCUUUUCGUAUCUAAAUUAAUGUUUUAGGAACCGGGUCAACAAAGAGCGGUAGCCAGAAGUAGGUCAGCUGGUCCUGACACUGUUUCUCUGUCUUCACGUCAAGGUGGUGCUGGUGGAGCUGCCAGAAUGAAGAAUAUAAACAGGUUUUCUAACUUCGUAAAAACAGGAAUGGAAGCGUUCAUUUUGAACACGAGUAAAAUGAAUCAACAACCUACGGAGAACUUUGAAGUUGUGGUAAGUUACAUUCUAAAUUGUGAAUUUAAUUUUGUGACUUAAACGUGGCUUUGAAAAGUUAAAACUAUUCUUAACAACUCUACUUUACAGGUGUCCGAUGGUCACGUCAGAUGGGCCCCUUCUCAUCAGCAGUACCAGUGUACAGUAGACAAACCGAAGAAGGAAUCCAAGCUAAAAGGCCUGAAGAGCUUCAUUGCUUACAGUAUGACGUCUUCCUUGACCGGAAUCCAGGUGUCACGACGCUACAAACACUUCGACUGGCUCCACGAACAGCUCACGAGCAAGUUUCUACUGAUUCCGUCUCCACCAUUACCCGAAAAACAAGUGGCAGGUAGAUACGAGGAGGAUCUGAUUGAGCACAGGAAGGUGAUAUUACAACUGUGGGUGAAUAAGAUAUGCAGACAUCCAGUGUUAGGUCAGGCAGAGGUGUGGAUGCAUUUCAUGAACUGUACGGACGAGAAGAAGUGGAAGGCCGGGAAGAGACAGGCUGAAAAGGAUGAAUAUGUUGGUGGUAACUUCUUCCAUUGUGUUAGGGUACCUGACAAGCCACUGGAGAUCAACAAAGUGUAAGUUAGUUUAAUUUUAAUGGUAAUCUUUCUUCAUGUUGUCUUAGUUGAGUUGCAUUUUGUUGUAUUUUGCUUAUUUUCAGAGAAAAUCAAGUAGAAACGUUUGCAAGAUGCUGUAGAAGUUUGGAAGACAGUGUGAAGGUACUGUAUGAGCGUAUCAACGAAAGUCAGAAGCGACUAACGGGACCAUACAAAUCAAAUUGGCAGAAGAGUGCAGCAGCGUUUGAAGCCCUAGGACAAUCUUUUGAGCUCGACCAGACAUGUGGUAUGUUAACGUUUGCCUAGUUUCAUAAUAGCUUAAAUUAUUGCUUUGAAAGGACGUAUUUUUGUAAAAAUUGUUCAUACUUUUGCACUUUUAAUAUAAAAGGCAUUACGAUAAUAUUGCAGGGACACAAGUUACCUCAGCAAUCAGAGAAAGUGCUUCAGUAAUGCACAAAAUAGGAGUUCAACAUGAAGAACACGGUAAGCGGGACAUGGAGCAGCUACUGGACUGGCUCUACACUUAUAAAGGGCUGCUGGCCAACAUUCCGGAUAUGCUCAACGUUCAUAAGGUAAGCAUUCUUAAUUGAAUAGUUGGAAUAUUAACAAAUUGAAUUCUUUCUUCAUUAACUUUGCCAAAACAUAUAUCUUGGAAAAAGCUAAUACAGGCAAACCCCUCUGGUCUAAAUUAAUAUACUUUUGCGUAAAUUGAUUGAGUCCAAUUUCAGUCUGCGUUAGCCAAACUCAAGGACAAUGAACGUCUGCAAGCAGAGAACAAAUUAUCUCCACAGGAUUCGGAAGCGAUUCGGCAGCGUGUAGACGUGGUGUCGUACUCGCUGCUCGCGGAAAUAACUCAAUUAAACGAGGAACGGAACGACGACUUCAGGGAAAUGCUGGGCGGCUUCUUCGAACACCAAGCCAACUUCUACAGCACGAUGGGACAGCAGUUCAGCGAGUUGUCGCGCAAGUUCAAGUCGGCCCACAACUAA